CAAAGCUGCGGGCAACGUUAACAGUUGUCAUUGAACUUGCAAGCGAAACGGAACGAAGCGUAACAAAUAACAAAAUGUGCGGUAUAUUUGCAAUAUUCUCAAGCGAUGGCGAAGCGAUUGGAGCCCAAACAUUGGAGGGCAGCAAACACAGUUUGCGUGAGUUGGCCUAUCGCCAGAGUGGACGACAACGACAUCGUGGCCCAGACUCCACGGGCGUGGUGAUUGUUCCCGAACAAGGCGUGGCCAUGGUGCAUGAACGCUUACGCAUUGUGGGCGUGGAAAUGGGCGAUCAACCAUUUGUGUCCGAUGAUGGCAACUUGGUGCUCGUUGCCAACGGUGAGAUCUACAAUUAUCUGGAACUUUCCGCACAGAUUGCGAAACGUCGACAUGGCUACAAGCCCAAAAGCGAUUGCCAUGUGAUACUAGAGCUCUACAAGGAUUAUGGCGUUGAUUUGCUGCAACACAUUACGGGCAUGUUUGCCUUUGCCCUUUACGACAAGCGCAGUAAGGAAGUGUUGCUGGCCCGCGAUCCCUUUGGCAUCAUACCCAUGUAUGUGGGCGAAGAUGACGCCGGCAAUCUUUGGGUUGCCUCCGAGCUGAAGUGUUUGACUCCUUGCUGCAGCAAGGUGGAGACCUUUACUCCAGGCGAGGCGCGUUUCGGACGCGUUGGUGCACUGCGUCGCUGGCAGCACUUUGAACAACCCUGGCAACAAGAGUUGCCCAGCUUGCCAUGUGAUUUGUCCCUGCUGCGCACCAGUUUGGAGUCUGCAGUGCGCACUCAUCUCCACUGCGAUGUGCACUUUGGUGCCCUGCUUUCCGGAGGCGUCGAUUCCAGUCUGAUUGCCUCGAUUGCCACGAAGAUUAUGCGGGAAACCAAACCGAACUACAGGCUAAAGACCUUCUCUGUGGGAUUGCGAGAUGCGCCGGACUUUGAGGCUGCGCGGCAGGUGGCCAAGUACAUUGAUAGCGAGCACACUGAGCUGAUCUUUGAGAUUGACGAGGCGCUCGAUGGUAUUCGGGAUAUUGUCUACCAUCUGGAAACCUACGAUGUGACCACUGUGCGCUGCAGUCUUCCCAUGUUGCUGCUCACGAGAUUCAUCAAGAGCACGGGUAUCAAGAUGAUACUCUCUGGCGAAGGCGCAGACGAGAUCUUUGGCGGAUAUUUGUAUUUCCAUAAGGCGCCCAACUAUGAGCAGUUCCACCAGGAGCUGGUGAAGCGUGUGCAGCAAUUGCAUCUCUCGGAUUGCUUGCGUGCCAACAAAGUGGCCAUGGCCAAGGGCGUGGAGUUGCGUGUGCCCUUCCUGGACACGUCGUUUGUCAACUAUGUGAUGAACAUACGGCCGGAGGAUAAAAUCCCCGGGCCACUAAAUGCAUUUAAGAGCGAGCAGAAGUCGCGACUGGAGAAGUUUGUGCUGCGCGCUGCGUUUGCUGAUGGUUAUUUGCCCGACUCGGUGCUGUGGCGUCAGAAGGAACAGUUCUCCGAUGGCGUUGGCUACGACUGGAUCGAUAGCAUUCGACGGGUGGCCACCAGUCAUGUGACGGACGAGGAAUUUGCCCAGGCAUCGGAGAGAUUCCCCUUCAACACACCGAGCACGAAGGAAGCGUUCUACUAUCGCUGCAUCUUCGAGCAACAGUUUCCAGGCGAUUCUGCGGCACGAACUGUGGUUAGGUGGGUCCCACGUCUCGAUUGGGGCUGUCCCGAGGAUCCAUCGGGUCGUGCACAGGCCGUGCAUCAGAUUAAUAAAGACUGAUUAGCUAAGUACGAGUAAAUUGUUCUAGAUUUACCGCAUUAAAUUCACUUGAGUACAAAUAUGCACACAAUAUACGUUAUACUUUGUUAUAUUAAUUUCGCAAUAAAUCUGUCAACGUUGGCACAACUGCUAAACAAACAUUAAA